GCUCGAUCCGAUCUUUCUCGUGCAUUUACCGAACAGUUCGGUACGCGGAAGCACGAGGAUCGUUGCACAGUGAAAUAUUUCUAUGUUCAUUGGAAUUGAACAACCCAAUUUACCCGUAAGAAUCAACGACGAGUAGCGACAAUAUUCACGAUUGAAAAUAAGAAGAGUGCCGAUCGCCGCGAUUACGCUACUUUCAAAACCGGGUCACUGACCAAUCAAUCUUCUCGAAAACUUCAAUGAUCGCUGUCACAUUAAAUGGUUUGAAACAUGAUCAAGAUCAAGAAUCUUUUCGCAAUGGUUCUCUUGGACUCGUUCGAUCGACCCUGUUUGUAGGUCGUGGAUAACGAUUUUCGAUCGAUCGGUGGUGCUGAAAUUUCAAAAUUUAACAACAAUCGCAGAAUAUUUACAACGAACUCGACUGUGCAAUUUCGCUGACCGGUAUCCCGGAUUUCCAAGUGUUCAAAACUUGAAUCGGGAAUAGAUCGUCGCGCAUUGACGGAUGUCACUGGUUUAUUUAUUCAUCCGCAAAGACGAUUCAGACUUCGGUGAUAAUUCGAUGAGCAACAGUGCUACGCCUAAAUCAUAGCUGCAGAAAAAAUACGUGAGUGAAAUUGUUUCGAGCUCGAGACUGUUAAAACUUACCACGAGGGAAAAUUGGCGCUCGUUUGCGCGCGCUUGUCCGUUCUCAAGCGAAAGUAUAAUAGAGGGCAGCCACGACUUUUGCCGCCGAUCAAUCUUUUUUGCAGAAGAAUCUAGAAUUCGCUACAAUGGUCGCGAAGGAAGCUAUCGUGGUGAGAAAUGCCACGAAACAGUACGACAGUGGGACAAAGAUCAUCGAUGGCUUGAAUAUGACUGUUUCAAGAGGAUCGAUCUACGGGCUGCUGGGUCCCAGUGGAUGUGGAAAAUCGACUCUCCUGACUUGCGUCGUUGGUAUACGGAAAUUCAACAGUGGAGAUCUGUGGGUUCUUGGGGGACAGCCAGGAACUCGUGGAUCUGGAAUUCCGGGGCCUCGGGUGGGCUACAUGCCCCAAGACAUUUCGUUGGUCGGCGAGUUCACGGUGAUCGGUGCUCUCUUUUACUUCGGAAGGAUAAAUGGCCUCGAUGAUGACACAAUCGAGGAACAGUUCGCUUUCCUCACGGAUCUCUUCCAAUUACCAUCACGAAAUCAAUUAGUAAAAAACUUGAGUGGCGGCCAACAAAGGAGAGUUUCAUUCGCGGCUGCGCUCAUACACGAUCCGGAAUUGUUGAUUCUAGACGAGCCUACUGUAGGACUUGACCCGAUUUUGAGGGAGAAUAUUUGGAAUUUUUUGGCAGACAUUGCGAAAACGAGGGGAACAACGAUCGUGAUAACGACUCAUUACAUCGAAGAAACGAAGCUCGCGGACAAAAUCGGGCUUCUGAGGGGCGGCCAAUUGUUGGCUGAAUCUUCGCCGAGUCAAUUGCUUGCCGAGUUUCAAUGUGAACAUUUGGAAGAUGCUUUUUUGCUUCUGAGUGAGCGCCAAAAAGAAAACCAGGAAAGGGGCAUCAGAUCGCCUGCAUUCGUGGGCGAUACCGAUGACGAUGCCAAUGUGUCGGCAGAAAAUAAUAACAUAGAAAAUGGAAAAGCAUCAUUUCCAGCGACGCAAAAACGCCGAUCCGGAAACUUCACCGCCUUGAAAUUCAAAGCUCUUAUGAUAAAGAACUUUUUGCAAUUCGUACGACAUCCUGGGACUUUCCUUUUUGCCAUAGUUCUACCGCUCUUCCAAACCUUUAUCUUUUUCAACGCGAUUGGAAACGACCUUCAGGGACUUCGACUGGCAGUUGUAAACAACGAAGCAGGGAAUUGCAGCGGGGGAACAUACAACGGAAGUGUCUCUUUCGUAUCGAACAACGAAACCUGCGAUUUUGUCGAUAUCAGUUGCCGCUUUCUCAACGGUUUCAACAAGGCCGUCGCUCAAAAUGAAUUUUACGACAAUAUUGAAGAGGCUACCCAGGCUGUUAAAAACGGUAAGGGAGCGGGUACGAUAUUGAUCGCGAGCAACUUUUCUAAAGCCUUGACGCUGAGGAUGGAUGGUGAGAUAUUUGAUACUACGGAGGAGUUUGCUGCAGCGGAAAUCGAAGUAUCUUUGGACAUGGGAAACCGACAAAUUGGACUUUUCGUAGAGGAACGUUUGGCCGAAAAUUUCGUUAAUGUUUUUGAAAACAUCGUACAGGAGUGCAAUCUGCCAAAAAAAUUGGCGAAUUUACCGAUUCGAUUUGAAGAGCCAAUAUUUGGGACCAAGCAUCAAAAGUACUCGAGCUCAAUGGGACCCGGAUUUUUAAUGACCGUAGUAUUUUUCCUGGCAACAUCAGUUUCCUCUUCCAUUAUAAUAGCUGAUCGUCACGAAGGCAUUUGGGAUCGGAGUUUAGUACAAGGAGUGACGACUGUAGAGAUACUGACCUCGCAUCUGUUGACUCUGGUGUCCCUUAUACUUAUCCAAGUUAUACUGACUCUCGUUAUGAGCAUCGGGCACUUUGGCCUUGAAUGUCGCGGCUCUUUGUUGAUCGUAGGCCUCCUCUUGUUUUUCACUGGAUUUUGUGGAUUGUGUUACGGCUUUCUUAUUUCCAUAGUCUCUUCUUCUCAGACUCUAGCCAAUUACAUAUCCACUGGAAGCUUCUAUCCCGCCAUAUUACUUUGCGGUUGUUUAUGGCCCCUCGAAGGUAUGCCGAAGGUUUUAAGAUGGGUGAGUUUUUUAAUCCCGACGACACUGCCAUCGCUGGCAUUGCGUGGAUUGAUGGACAAGGGUUAUACGGUUGAUGAUCCGUCGGUGUACACCGGCUUUUUGAUAGUUGCGGCGUGGAUUGCAGUGCUGUUAGGUGUGAGUUUCUUCUGUAUAAGAUCGAAAGCCGGUUGAUCUUUUAAGUAAAUAUCGAAUGAUCGCGUGUUUGGUUUUAUUUAGAUAAUUUUGUAUCGCAGAAAAUAUUCGUUUGUUCCCGAAGCUCGUUAACUGCUGGAUAGGACCGAAUUUAAUUGCGUAUACGGGAUGUUUCUGAUACAGGGUUUUACAGUGUAAGGGUUUGGGGGAGAAAGGGAAACGUCCUAACCUCAAAAGUUAACGAGCACGUCGUCGAGGCUUCCUCGUCAAGAGUCGUGUCGUUUUUUCUCUCAUUUUUUCUUGCUUGUAUAUCAUUACGCUUUUAGACGUAACGGUUCCAAAACGGUCAUGAACGCACUCUCACACUAGCACGCACAUACACACACGUAAAGUAAAAACGAAUUCGAAAGCGUCAGCUGCGAACCAUAAAUCGUAAUCGCAAACGUCGGGAAAAAAAUUCAUCAUCCUUCUAGUCAAAGGUCGAAAUGUUAACGUGUGUGCGUGAGAAUUUUUUAUCCGCGUCCCGUUCAGCAACUUACAAAAGAAGCAGUAGUCCACAUUCUUUUUAUUCGCAAGGAAAUUAUUACCGAAAUUGAUGAAUUACAGAGCGAGGUUUAAAAAAAUGUUCCGUUUCAAAAGCUCUAUUGAAAGCGUGUUUGUUUCAUUUUUUAUAAAUAUCGAUCAUUAGGCGCAAUUAAUAAAAAAUAUAUUAAAAUAAUCGAGCCUCAUCGGCUGCGUCAAAAGUCAGCAAAUUUCCUCUAUGGAAAGAAUCUUGUGAACAAAUAAAUUUUAUAAACGCAUUUUUUCGUUCGACUGUGUAAAAAAAUGAUCAAAAUGGAUUUGUUAAAAUUGAAACAUGAUCGCUCACGAAAAGUAAAUAUUACGAGAGAAAAUGCAUUGGGAAAUUUCCAAUUUCAAUGAAAGAAAUCCGGUUCAAAUUCGUCGUGAACAAUUGAGUUUUUUUUCUAUCGCUAAAAGUAAUAAAUUCUCGUCCGUCAUAAACUUUUAAUGUCACAUGGACUAUGGAAACGUUCAAGGCAACAAUUCUGACAAAUAUUCUUCGUAAACGUCAGUAGAAUUUUUCCUCGCCUUAAUACGAGCAUAUUAUAUUAUAUUUUUAUAAUGGUGAACAUUCCAGCAGGCUUGCAACGAACUCUCUACUUUUCGGAGUGUAGAAUUUGUGAUAUCUUGAUAUUGUCGUGUGUGUUACAAAUGUAAAUAAAUUAUUUUCAAAGAAUGAAUAAAAAAAUAUACGAAACUCGAA